CAAAGAUGGCGGCCCUGUCGCAGUUGCUAUUUCUUGUCAAACAAUAAUGGGAAAAUUGAUUUGACCAACUAUUUUUACCUCUUACUUUAGAAGUUAUAGCAAAAUAUAAAUUGAUAACAAUUAUCUUAUUAAGCUAGUCAUUUUGAUAAUGUGAUUUUAAGUCUACCGAUGGCUUCCAGUGUGCAAGACUCGCCUGUCGUCCACCAGACAUUUGUUGAGGAAAUAGAUUACAGUGAAAUUCAGGAAUUAUCGGUUGUAGGUAAAGGCGCUUUUGGUGUGGUAUGGAAAGGCUUAUGGCGGAAUACUUAUGUCGCUGUGAAACAUAUCAAUUCGGAAGCUGAAAAGCGUGAAUUCGCGAUAGAAGUACGACAGUUGUCGCGUGUAUCACAUCCAAAUAUUGUGAGACUGUAUGGAGCUUGCACUAAAGGUGCUCAUGUAUGUCUUGUUAUGGAAUAUGCAGAAGGUGGAUCAUUAUACAAUGUGCUCCACAACAGACCUAAACCAAAAUACACAGCCGCACAUGCUAUGAGUUGGGCCCUACAGUGCGCAGAGGGUGUUGCAUAUUUACAUGCUAUGAAACCUAAACCAUUAAUACACAGAGAUUUGAAACCACCUAAUUUACUAUUAGUCGGAGGAGGCCAAAGACUUAAAAUAUGUGAUUUCGGAACAGCUGCUGACAAAGCUACAUACAUGACAAACAACAAAGGAAGUGCAGCAUGGAUGGCACCUGAGGUAUUUGAAGGAUCAUCAUAUACAGAAAAGUGUGAUGUAUUUUCAUGGGGCAUUAUUCUUUGGGAGGUGUUGUCAAGGAGAAAGCCCUUUGAAGAGGGAGGAUCAGCAUUUAGAAUAAUGUGGGCAGUGCAUACAGGUCAAAGACCUAAUCUCAUUGAAGGUUGUCCUGAACCAAUAGAGCAACUAAUGACACAAUGCUGGGAUAAAGUGCCCGCAGAAAGACCCAGUAUGGCAAAAGUGGUGGAAAUUAUGACAGCCCUUUGCACAUUCUUCCCCGGUGCUGAUACACCAAUAGACUAUAAUGACUGUGAAGAUGAUGAUGCUGAGUACUCUGAUGAAGACUAUAUGAUGUAUGAUACACAUGACAGCCUUGGAACUGACCCAGAUAGUAUAUCUCAAGCACACAACUCUCUACAAUACACAGAUGAAGCUUCAAAUCCCAUCAUAUACACUGGCAGACCAGAACUAUCGCCUAGACCUCGCAGUCUCGUCGAAACGCAAGUCAAUAAAUUACAAAACUUAAUGGCAUCAGAAGUUCAACCUAAAGCCUUGCAUAAUAAUGAUACAGAUACAAAUAGAAUAGGUCCAGUUCGGAUUCCGCAGCAAUUUAAAAAACCUGAAGCAUAUGUUGAAGCUGGUAGAUCACCAGUAACAAUAAGCCGAACAUCAAGUUCCCCAGUACCAGAUAAGAUUUUGCCGAGUGAAGGCAGCACACCACAAGAUACUUUACGUAUAGUCCGUAGUCCGGCUAUAUUUAGUGAGAGUUCCUCACCUAGAAGAUUGUCUCCGAUUGUUAAUUAUAACAUUGGCAAUAUGAACCCUCGGCAUAUAGACAUAGAGCAGUAUUGGAACAGAGAGAGUGAAUCGGUUCAUAGCCCGUCUGUGAUGAGUAAUACAAACUCUUCUAGGAAAGAGGAUUAUAAUCAAAAUUACUGUGAUAGACUGAGUGCUGCAAAUAGUCCGGUGACAUCUAGAGAGUUCAAUGGAAAUGCACAACAAAAAUUAGACUCCCGUUAUCAGACGCCGUUGCAGAUUGAAGUUGACCCGAACGCGUGGGAGCUGAGCGAGUUGCCGCUCGACUUCGACGGUUACGUGGAAGUGAAGAACAUGGCGGGUUUUGAUAAAUUUAUCCCAGUCGGUAACAGUAGCGGGUCUACGCCGGCCGAAGGCGCCGCGCCGCCCGCACCUGACCCCGACCUGGACUCUAUGCACAUGAUGCUGGACCCGCACCUGCGGCCCAUCUCCCCGGACCUCAACAACGAGGAGUCCAAGCGGAUCUUCGAGGAGCACAAGCAACUCGCACAGGAAUACCUUAAAACGCAGACGGAGCUGGCGUACCUGAGCAACCACAAGUCGGAGCUGGAGGAAAAUAUGGACUCUGACGAACUUCGACAGAAGAGAGAGGUCAUACAACUUGAAAAUGAGAAGGACUCGUUACUUAAGCUAUACUGCACCCUGAAGAAGCAGCUGGCGCGGGCGGAGAACGAGAGCUGGCUGCUGCAGGAGGACUUGCCGCACGAGUGACGUCACGCGGGUGACGUCACGCAGGGACCACAGCCGCGAGAGCGCCUCAAGCUUUCCAAAGAUUAAACAUACGUGACGAUUAUGAAUAUUUUAAUCGAUUUGUUUAAAUCGAUGAUCAGAAACAUCGAUUUUCGUCAAGGCAUUUUUUAAAGAAUAAAAUUAGUGUUUGACCACCAUCCUCAUAUAAGAGAUGUGGUAAAAAGAUGGUACACUAUAGUUUGGUAAUUGCAUAUUUCCUAUCUUUUUAAAGACGGCCAUACACGUUUCCUCUGCAAAGAUACUUCUUGCCUUAAAUGAAUAUGAUUGAAAUAUGAGUGUUGCCAUAUGGUAGAUAUCCCUAGACUAGCCUAGUUAAUCGGCUGGCGACGCCUAUAGUAGUUUAUUAUUUUUUUGUAUUUUUUCGAAUGAUAUAUAUAUUUACUAUUUUCAUUUCUAACUAGCCAUUGGCUAAAUGGUAGAUAAAGCUUUAAUAACCGUCCUUACUUGACGCUGAAUAGAAAUCGAUAUUUUUAUACAAAAUAAUCGAUUUAUCAAAAUUUUUAUUCAUAAUCGUCCAGGGUUUUAUUGAUCUCAAGUCGAGCCUUCGGUAAUUCAGUUGCAGGAUUCUGUUAGUCAUUUUGUGUGCAUUUUUUGUCUGAAAUUGUAUUAUUUUAUGUCGAUGUAAAUAUGGGUUUUUGUCACUGCCAUUUAAGUUUUUUUUUGUUUAAUUACGAUUUGUCAAAUUACCAGUAUCACAAAAAAUUUAUAUUUAUAAA